AUGUUGGAGGGCGUGGUAGCUAACCUGCUCAACCGUUUCCUGGGAAUUUACGUCAAGAAUUUCGAUGCGAAGCAGCUCAACAUCGGAAUCUGGUCUGGCGACGUCAAAUUACGGAACCUCGAGCUUCGACGUGAGGCGCUCGAUCAGCUUCGCCUCCCGUUAAACGUCGUCGAAGGUCACCUCGGUGAACUCACAUUAUCCAUUCCUUGGUCAAAUCUACGAGGCAAACCAGUCAAGGUAGAUAUUGAAGAUGUCUACUUGCUUGCGGCGCCAAGAGAGGAUGCGGACUAUGACCCAGAGGAAGAAGAGAGACGGGCGAAUGCGCUUAAAAUGGAACGUAUUGAAAGCGCUGAGCUUCUGCGUGAGCGCAACACAGAAGGCAUGAGUCAAGAGGAACAACGUCGUAAUCAGAGCUUCACGCAGAGCAUGAUCACGGCUGUGGUAGACAACCUGCAGAUCUCUAUCAAGAAUGUGCAUUUCCGUUAUGAGGACUCUAUUGCAUCGCCUGGACAUCCGUUUGCUAUCGGUGUCACACUCAAGGAAUUGAGUGCCGUCAGCACAGAUGGGGAAUGGAAUCCGACUUUCAUUCAAUCUGAUUCUAGUGUCACCCAUAAGCUCGCCGUCCUCGGCGCUCUCUCGGUGUAUUGGAAUACAGAUGCAAAGCUGCUCGGAACUGGACGCGGCUCUGACAUCGGAGCAGAAGCCCAGGGAAUCGGCCGUGCAGAGUUGAUGGAGAAACUUAAAAACGCGAUCGAUGCCGAUGAAGGGAAUCAAUUUAUGCUGCGUCCCGUCAGCGGUCGUGCUGGGUUGGAGAUGGACAAGUCGGGCAAAUAUGACCGUCCCGCAAUCAAAGCACGAUUACUCUUUGACGAACUCGGCUUCGUUCUGGACGACAAACAAUAUCGCGACGCCUUGAUGCUGGUUGACUUGUUUCAUUACUUCGUUCGUCACCAGGAAUAUAAGAAAAUACAACCCAAAUCUUCCCCGAAGGACGAUCCGCGGGCAUGGUUGCGGUUUGCAGGUGAAGCAGUUCUUAGCAAGAUUCAUGAACGCAACAGACGGUGGACUUGGGACUACAUCAAGGAACGCAGAGAUGACCGCAUUGCGUAUAUUGCCCUUUUCAAAAAGAAGAAGAAGGAAGAAGCGUUUACACCCGAAGAAACCAAGAAUAUGGAAAGAUUGGAAGCAAAGCUCAGCUACGAGGAUAUCCGAUUCUGGCGAUCACUUGCGCGGAACCAAUUGCGCAAAGAAAAUGUGGGCGUGAAAAAGCCCGCUGAGCAACAAUCCUGGUCUGACUGGUUGUGGGGUGCCAAGAAAGAAGAAUCCAAGGAAGCAGCCAUGACUGAAGAACAGCGACAGGAGCUGUACAACGCUAUUGACUGGGAUGAAAAGAAAGCCAUCGCCGAGAGCGUUGAUCUGCCUCGAGAAUGGGUUAAGCUCCAAGUCGAUUGGAGUCUACGGGCUGGUAGCUUUACCCUUCUCCAAGACCCUCAUGGAGCGGCGAAUGAAGUUAUGAAGCUAGUGUUUGAUAAUUUCCGAGCAAAGGCUCUACAGCGCCCUGACUCCUAUCUUCUUGACCUUGAUCUAGGAGGCUUGAAGAUGUACGACGGCACUACUGCUGGAACUCUUUACCCACAGAUUGUCAAGGUCAAGGAUUCACUCCCUGAAUCCACCGAAGACCGAAAGAAAAAUGACGACCUCACCUCCCAAUCUAGUGCAGAUGAGAUUCAUGAUGAAGAUAGUCUGUUCCAUCUGCAACUGGAGAGUAACCCGCUCGAAAGUGACGCAGAUACCGCAGUUAAAGUAAAGUUGAAGAGUAUUGAGGUAAUUUACAACCCUCGCUUCCUCGUUGGAAUCGUCAAAUUCUUCGAACCUCCCGAAAGACAUAUGGAGUCAAUUGGUGCUCUUUUGGACACCGCUGGUGCGACCGUUGAAGGACUCCGACAGCAAACCCGGGCGGGCUUGGAGUUUGCACUGGAGGAGCACAAGAAGGUUGAUGCACAAUUCGAUAUUCAUGCGCCCUUGAUCAUUGUCCCAGAAAGCAUCACACAGCCAAGCUCCCUUUGCCUGAUUAUAGAUGCUGGUCACGCUAGUGUCAAUAGUGAAUUGGUCGACCGUCAAGCCAUGCGUGAUCUCCAGUCCAAACAGAAACGGCAGUACGAGGAGGAGGAUUACAAGCAGCUAGAACAUCUGCUCUAUGAUCGGUUCCUCAUCAAACUCGAUUCCACUCAAGUUCUCAUUGGACCUGGUGUUGAAGCAACCAAAGCCCAGCUCAACACCAAUGUGGAGUCCAGGAAUUUCCAUAUCAUCGACCGUAUCAAUGUGGAUUUUGCCCUAGAAAUGUGUAUUGUCCCAAAGGUGACCGAGCUUACACGAACACGUAUCUCCGGACAUCUGCCAGAACUUCAUGCAUCAAUGUCAGACACCAAAUACAAGGGUUUGAUGAAGUUGAUUGAUAUCGCAAUCCCACAUUUCGAGGAUAAAACUUCUUCUGAUCCGGUUGCUGCCAAGCAGGAAGCAGCGAUAGCCACACGAGCCAGAUCGGCAUCUUUCCAACCUCCUCAACGAGAUCUUCCUGUUGUCGAUGACGAUGAGGAGGUCGAAGAGACAGACAAGCAAACAACGACAAGCGUGGACACACCGGCCAAUAUUCAUCGCCGCGACUUCGAAUUCAAGUUCACUGUUGGUCGUCUCCGUGGCUCACUCUUCCGUUCUGAUCCCCAUGACCCCCAACGAGAUCAUUUGCUGGUUGAGUUGGUCGCUGAAGGAUUUGAGUUGGACUUCUACAUGCGCCCAUAUGACAUGGUCGCUGAAGUUGUAUUGAAAUCGCUGAGUGUGGACGAUUAUAUCGAGGAGAACCCGCUUGCCGAAUUCAAGAGAAUCAUUUCAUCCAAAGGAUUCAAUGCCGAUGAAGAUAAGGACCUUUUCCAGUUGAAAAUGGUUAGGGUCAAACCCGAAUCUCCUGAGUUCGAGUCUACCUAUGAAGGCGUUGCCAUGAAUCUUGACAUAGCUGUUUCGACUAUCAACUUAGUCGUGACGAGAAAAACACUCCUCACCCUUCUGGACUUCAUCCUCCAUACUUUCACAAACCCCCAACAAUCAGUCGAACCCAAUCCAGAAACAGGCAAUUCGAUUGAAGAAACAGCCACUGAGCAAGAAAAGCCCCAGCAGGCUGGGAAGCUUCGUAUCAGAGCCAACCUGAAGAGUAUUGCAUUGAUCCUCAACAAUGACGGAGUCCGUCUAGCCACCCUGAGUCUCAACACUGCCGACGUUGGGAUCUUCCUCGUGGGCGCCUCUAUGCUUAUUCAAUCACGAAUAGGCAGCCUGACUUUGGUUGACGAUGUCAACCUGGGCGCUUCAGAGGACUCAGACAUUCGGCGCCUCCUGACAAUCGAAGGAGAUAAUUUCGCCGAUUUCAAGUAUGAGACUUUUGACCCUGAAAGUGACACUUACCCCGGGUAUGACUCUGAGGUGUACCUACGGUCUGGCUCAAUUAAGAUCAACUUCAUAGAGGAGCCGUACCGCAAGAUUAUCAACUUCCUUGUCAAGUUCGGCAAAAUGCAAGCCAUCUUCAAUGCAGCUCGCCAGGCUGCUGCCAACCAGGCCAACAACCUACAAAACGCCUCGCGAAUGCGGCUUGAUGUUGUGGUGAAGACUCCCAUCGUGGUGUUCCCACGUUUGAUGCUAGAUGAUCGCCCACGAGACACAAUCACUGCUCAUCUUGGUGAGAUCUAUGCCAAGAACGAAUUUGUGCCCAUGGACGAAGGAAAGGAUAGCCCUGCUGUUAAUGUGAUCUCCACUGGUGUCCGCAACAUUCGUCUUACCUCCAAAUUUCAUUUCGAGGAUGGCACAACUGAGGAGUUGGAGAUGAUCCAGAAAGUGAAUCUGGACUUCAGCAUCUGCUAUUUGGAGCAUCAAGCCAACAACCCGCGCCCGGACAUGGAAAUCGAAGGCUCCUUAUCUCCUAUCAAUCUCCGGAUCUCCCAAAAUCAGCUCAAGUUCUUGUUAGAAUUGUCCAAGUCGAUACCGGGUGCUUUCGCAACCGAUGCCGAGCAACAAGAGCUCGAGGCCAUGGAGUCUUUGCCACCAUCGGUGACUGAACCCACAAGAGAGGCUACUUCCAAGGCCACCCAGAAUGGCGCAGGAGGGACUCCCAUAGAUGAUAAUGAGAACAAAGAGACUUGGGUGCGAUUGGACAUGAUCUUUAAGGUCGACAGUGUUGGACUGGAGCUCAUCCUUGCCAAUGACAACCAGCCUGUCGGCCGUUUGGAGGAUUCUAGUCUGUCCAAGUUCUCUCUCAAUGACACCCGAGUCAAGCUGCGUAUGUUGACGGAUGGGUCGCUGGAUUCGGAGCUUCUUAUCCACUCGUUCUCCAUUCGUGAUAGCCGCAAGCAGGAUUCAAACAAGUUCAGAAACAUUAUGUCCUUGAUCAACAACGACGUUAAGCAGCAAUUCAUGGCUAGCGUCUCUAUGUCUGGAGGACAAGAGAAACACCUCAUUGCCAUGCUGACUAUUGAUAGCCCGCGGAUCAUGUUUGCUUUGGAUUAUCUGUCGGCUUUGCAGUCCUUCAGUCAAUCUGCAUUUGCCUCCGAAGAACCAUCUCAAAUUGUGGAGGAAGAUAGCGACACACCCGAGGAGUCUGAGACAGGAUCCGUCACCGCCGUAACCUCCGACAAGGCUAUCAUUGAUGGUUCUCCGGGUGACACUGCAGGUGCGGGCAUGACCGUGUCAUUCCGGGUGAACCUUGUUGAUGCUCAAGUGAUCAUGGUGGCUAACCCUGCUAUUCCUCACUCCGAGGCUAUCGUCCUUGGGACCAAGGAGGUCCUCAUUUCUCACCAAAAUGUGUCCACGCUGCAGAUCCAAAAAGUGGGCAUGUUUCUGUGCCGCGUGGAUAAGUUCGAGACCUCACGACUGCGUAUCCUGGAUGAUUUCACGCUUGAAAUGUCUGUUGAUAGCCGAACCCAAGACAAGGGAUCCGCUUUGACCUCCAUUGAGGUGCAUCUUGAGCCUCUGGUCCUUCGCUUGUCUCUUCGUGAUAUUCUCAUGGCAACUCAGAUUGUCAACAAAGCUUCGGAAAUGAGGGCUCAGAAUUCCCAGCAACUCGAGAGUGGUGAGGUGAAAAAGAUUGCAGACGCGAAAAGCACCAGGGUUCGGUCUACCAGCAAAGCGUCUAUGACCCUUGCUAACAGGACACGCCGCCUGAGUCAAAACGCCGGACAGCUGGAUCAGACAGCUACGCAACAGAGCUCCGUUGUGCUUAAGCGCGAAGAGCUGUCUGCCAAGAUCGAUGGUGUGAGGGUCAUUUUGAUUGGCGAUCUGCAUGAUCUUCCUCUGUUCGAUUGGAGUGUCAAGAAAUUCAAUGUAGACGUGCGCGACUGGUCAUCUACCCUGAAUGCCGAUACCAACUUUGAGACGUUCUUGAACGUGUACAACUUCUCUAAGUCGGCUUGGGAGCCAUUGAUUGAACCCUGGCAGCUCGGAUUCCACAUGGCCAAAGAAAUCAACCCAGACGUCUUCUCUUUCGACGUGUACUCUCACAAGACCAUGGAGCUGACCAUCACAUCUGCCACGAUUGCGCUCGCAUCGAAAUCUUUCCAGUUCCUCUCCACAGAUGAAGAUGUUCUCUCCAAGCCAAGAGGUGCUGAUGCUCCUUACCGCAUUCGCAACUACACCGGGUUUGACCUCAGGGUCUGGGCUGAUGUUAGCACCGGGGAAGAGGGUCCAGCGGCUAAGCUGACCGACGGGGAAGAAUCCCCCUGGCGAUUUGAAGAUUCCACCGCUGUUCGUGAAACGUUGACGCCUGAAGGCCACGGUGGUGUGGUCGGCGUCAAGCUAGAAGGCAGUGGGUUUGACAGUAUCAACCGUAUUCCUGUUGUGCGCGAAGGCGAGACUGUCUACGCUUUGAAACCAAAGCAAGAAAAUGUUCUUCACAGGCUCCUCGUGGAGGUUACAUUGGGCCCCGAUAAUGUCAAGUACAUAACCUUCCGCUCCCCGCUGCUCAUCGAGAACAACACACAAAUUCCGGUAGAGUUAGGCGUUUUCAGCCCCGGAGAAGGCCACCUUUUGAAGAUCGAAAAGAUCUUACCCGGUGAUGCUCGCCCCGCACCCGUCGGGUCGGCAUAUCUGCAUUCUGUUGUUCUUCGUCCAGACCAGGGCUUCGGAUAUGACUGGUCUAAUGAACAGCUAUUCUGGAAGGACCUUAUCAAGCGACCCACGCGGACUGUCAAGUGUGUUAGUGAGAGCGGACAACAAGCACCUCCAUUCUAUUUCCAAGUCAACGCCACUUAUGACAGCAAGGAUUCGCUUACGGGUGUGUAUCCUUACAUGAGGGUCAGGAUCUUCGCCCCUGUCGAAAUUCAGAAUCUUCUACCCUACGACUUCAAGUAUCGCAUAUAUGACAAGAACACCAAAAAGGACUGGACCAACUUUCUGCGCAAGGGUGGAGUCAGCCCAGUCCAUGUGGUGGAGCUGUCUCACUUGCUUUUGCUCAGCAUUGAUUUGGAAGAUACAGUUUUCCGUCAGAGCGAGUUUGCUAUUGUCAACGGCAAUGCUCAGGACUACCGCAGAGAGCAUACCCUGUCUCUCAAGGAUGAACGCGGUCUCCAAUUGAAGUUACAACUCCACUACUUCAACAUUCCAAAUAGUGGUGGAGCUUUCAAGGUUUCUGUCUACAGUCCAUACCUCAUUUUGAACAAGACGGGUCUUCCAAUGGAUAUCCAAAGCAAGGCAUUCCUUCAAUCUGCGAGAAACGCUGCUGGUCAAGGACUCAGGGUUGAUCCGAGGAACGAGGGCCGAGCGCUCCCAUACAUGUACUCUUAUGCCAACGAGGACCAAAGAAACCGAUCUAUUCUCAAGGUUGGCGAUUCUUCUUGGAGCAAGCCGCAGAGUUUCGAGGCUAUUGGUAGUACCUUUGAAGUCGUCUUCCCCGAUCGCCAAGGCAGAUCCGAGUUCCACUCCGGAGUGUCUGUUGCCGAGGGUGAGGGCAAGUACAAGUUGACUAAGGUUGUUACUCUCGCCCCGCGCUUCAUUCUCAAAAGCAAACUCAGUGAAGAUCUUUUGGUGCGCGAGCCAGGCUCAUCCAAUGUCCACCAAAUUCAAAGUGGGCAGUUGAUUCCACUACAUUUCCUUCGCCAGGUAGCUGAGAAACAGUUAUGCCUCUGUUUCCCAGGUGUCAACAAUCAAUGGUCUUCUCCUUUUAGUAUCGCAGAUGUUGGAACAGUUCAUGUUAAGUUGGCGAAAGCAAGCCAGCGACAGAAGCUGAUCAAGGUUGACAUCAUCUUGGAAGGAGCGACCCUUUUCCUGCACUUCAGUUUGGAGACGCGCAACUGGCCAUUCUCCAUGCGCAACGAAAGUGACACAGAGUUCAUCUUCUACCAAGCCAACCCAAAUGUGGAGGAUGAUGACGAAGAUGACAACACUAGCGGCUGGAGGCCAAUCCGGUACCGAAUCCCACCGCGAAGUAUCAUGCCCUAUGCUUGGGACUACCCGGCCACGAAGAACAAGUCUCUUGUGAUGACUUGCCAGGGCAAGGAACGCCACAUCAAGCUCGCUGAGAUUGGAAAUAUGAUUCCAAUGCGGAUUCCGCCCUCACAGCCUGGUGGACACCAGAAGAUCAUCGACAUCAACAUUGCGGCCGAUGGUCCUACUCAAACUCUGGUACUGUCCAACUUCAAGCCGUCAAAGAGUAUGUACAAGCAACAAAGAGGUCAGUCCUCACAGACUGGUACAAACACUGGGUUCGAGGUCAAAGAAAUGAACUCAGAUGUCAACUUCAAGGCCCAGCUUCGUCUAGGUGGAAUUGGCAUCUCCUUGAUCAAUCAGAACCUCAAAGAACUGCUUUAUCUCACCUUCCGCGAGAUUGAAAUCAAGUUUAGGGAGUCAUUGUUGUAUCAGACUCUCAACACUACGAUCAAGUGGGUCCAGAUUGAUAACCAACUCUACGGUGGCAUUUUCCCCAUUUUGCUUUACCCUAGUGUUGUUCCAAAGACAGGCAAGGAGAUGGAAGCCCACCCGAUUUUCCAUGCAAUGGUUACACGAGUCAAGGAUGACUCGUAUGGUGUUCUCUACAUCAAGUACGCGACCUUGCUUUUGCAGCAGAUGACGCUCGAACUGGACGAGGACUUUGUUUUCGCCAUGCUUGAUUUCGUCAAGAUUCCUGGUGCUUCGUGGACCGAAGAACAAGAGGGCAAGCUGUGCGAUGAAGAUCUCAACAUCCCUGAACCGCAACAAGCAGAUAACGGGCAGGAUGUAUACUUCGAGCUACUUCACCUUCAGCCCAUGCAGAUGGAUAUUUCCUUCAUGCGCACCGAGCGUGUCAACGUGGAAGAUGCUAUGCAGCCCUCCAACCCGUUGAUGUUCUUUGUCAAUGUCAUGACAAUGUCCAUGGGCAACGUCAACGAUGCACCCGUCAGGCUCAAUGCUUUGAUGCUCGAGAACGCUCGAGUCUCAUUCCCCAGACUGGUCGGCAACAUCCGUGAACACUACACACAGGAAUUCCUACGCCAGAUUCAUAUCAUUCUCGGUUCGGCCGAUUUCCUGGGUAACCCAGUCGGUCUAUUCAACAAUGUCAGCUCCGGUGUUGCCGCCAUCUUCUAUGAGCCUUACCAGGGCCUGGUCAUGACCGACCGACCCCAAGAGCUUGGUAUUGGUAUCGCAAAGGGUGCAACUAGCUUUGUCAAGAAAUCCGUCUUCGGAUUCUCGGAUAGUAUGGCCAAGCUCACCGGAAGUAUGUCCAAGGGUCUUGCGGCCGCCACCCUCGACAAGGAAUUCCAGAACCAGCGCCGGAUGUCCAAGGUCCGCAAUCGCCCCAAGCACGCACUGUACGGAAUCACUGCUGGUGGCAAUGCCUUCGCAACCAGUCUGGCAAGUGGAAUCGGUGGUUUGGCACGCCAUCCCCUGCAAGGCGCCGAAAAGGAAGGCAUCCAAGGUUUCUUCAAGGGCGUCGGAAAGGGUGUUCUUGGUCUGGCUACCAAACCUGCCAUUGGUGCAUUUGAUCUAGCUUCCAAUCUCGCAGAAGGUGUUCGCAAUACCACUACCGUUUUCGAUGCCGAGGGCCUCGAUCGUGUCCGACUCACUCGCUUCAUCGGGACGGAUGGUAUUGUGCGCCCGUACUCGCAACGGGAAGCCCUCGGACAGUUCUGGUUGAAGACUACCGACGACGGCAAGUACUUCAAUGAGGACUACAUUGCCCACCUGGAGCUUCCUGGUCGGGACAUGCUCGUCUUGUUGACAUAUGCGCGCAUCAUGCUUGUUCGAACAAAAAAGCUCUACACCGAGUGGGACAUUCGUCUCACCGAUAUCCAAACCAUCUCCAAAGAGCGCACCGGAAUGAGCAUCACCCUGAAGGGGGGCGCCAACGGACCCUUCAUUCCUGUUCAGGAUGAAAGCUCACGAAACUGGCUGUAUAGGCAGAUUGCUGUUGCGGUGAAUGCUUUCAACGAGAAGUAUAAUGCCAGGGGAUAG